UGGUGAAAGCGAAGUUUGGCAACGCUGAUGGAGAGUUCUGUAAAUUCCCCUUCCUGUUUAUGGGCACCGAGUACAACAGCUGCACAGCUCAAGGCCGAGAUGACGGCUUCCUGUGGUGCUCCACUACUUACAACUUUGAUGAAGAUGGGAAAUAUGGAUUUUGCCCACAUGAAUUACUUUUCACGCUGGGUGGGAACGGAGAAGGCGCUGCGUGCAAAUUCCCCUUCACCUUUCAGGGGGAGAAGUAUGACAGCUGUACUACUGAGGGCAGGGAUGAUGGUUACCGCUGGUGCGCCACAACUGAGGACUACGACAGAGACAAAUCCUACGGCUUCUGCCCCGAAACUGCUCUGUCGACAGUGGGAGGGAAUGCAGAUGGAAGUCCCUGUGCCUUUCCUUUCACCUUUCUGGGAGACAGCUAUGACUCCUGCACCACCUCUGGACGCAGCGAUGGAAAGAUGUGGUGCGCCACCACCAAGAGUUACGAUGAUGACCGCAAAUGGGGCUUCUGUCCUGACCAAGGCUACAGUUUGUUCCUGGUGGCUGCCCAUGAGUUUGGUCAUGCUCUUGGUUUGGAGCACUCUCAGGACCCCGGGGCACUGAUGGCUCCUAUUUACACCUUUUUCAAAGAUUUCCGACUUUCUCAAGAUGACAUCCAGGGCAUUCAAGAACUGUAUGGUGUCUCAACAGACAAACCUUUGUCUCCAACCCAGGGUCCUGUCACUCCAAUGGACAUCUGUAAAGAUCCAGUUAUCUUUGAUGCUGUGGCACAAAUCAGAGGAGAAACCUUUUUCUUCAAAGACAGGUUCCUGUUCAGGUCAGUGAACUUCAGAAACAAACCCAAUGGCCCAAUGCUGGUGGCCACCUACUGGCCUGACCUGCCGACCAAAAUAGACGCUGCCUAUGAAAAUCCGGUGGACGAAAAAACUGUCUUCUUUGCAGGCAAUGAGAUGUGGGUUUACAAAGCUGACGAGCUGGAAAGAGGCUACCCUAAGAGAAUCUCCGACCUUGGCCUCCCUACGGACGUGCAGCAAAUUGACGCUGCCUUUAGCUUCCGAAAGAACAGAAAGACAUACCUAUUUGCAGGAGACCAAUUUUGGAGAUAUGAUGAAGACAUAAAGGCUAUGGAUACUGGCUUCCCCAAGCUUAUCGCUGAUUCCUGGAAUGGAAUCCCAGACAACAUUGAUGCUGCCUUCAGUCUGAACGGCAUUGAUUACAGCUACUUUUUUAAAGGGAACCACUAUUUCAAACUAGAAGACAGCAGUUUGAAGAUUGUCAAGUUGGGCGAAAUCACGAAGGACUGGAUUGGUUGUUGAAUCUCUACCAAAAUGUUUCACAAGUGACGGUGACCUCAACGCUUGAGGACAUCAGCAUAUAAUACAACUUGAGGUUGCCGCAGUGUGCACUGUUUUAAGUUUUUAUCCUGGCAACUCAUACGCUUCUGUUGGAGACAUGUGCCUCCAGCCUGUAUAACCAGUCUUCAUCUUUGUAUAUGGGCACCUCAAGACCUUUUAAGUAGGCUGAACAUAUACAGCUGGAUAUUUACUUAAUUUUAGUGUGAUUUUUGUCAAAUUAUCUGUUAUUAUAAUGCAGAUUUAAAAAAAGAUAUAACCCCUUUGUUUUGAUGUGUUUUUUGUUGUUGUACGUUAAUAAAUAGACAUCGGGUAUGUCCACAGUGCAUUGGAUGCAGUGCUAUACUGUGCCUUGAGAUAUUGUCAAUUCAUACAAAGUUGAUUGUGAAAUAUUUUUUAUAGAAUAUGAGGGAUUCAUGUUGGCUUUGGAUUAAUUCUACAUCCAAUGUAUAAAGUGUAGUUGUAUAAAUGUGAUGUGUUUCUUAAUUUUCUGAAUGUUGUGCAAUGCAUUUGAAAAAUGAACUUGCACAUUGUGACCGAGUAUGGUGCUUUUAGAGAUCGCUUCUUGCAUUUAGACCUGCAUAUUGUGUGUUUUAUGAUGUGUUACUAAGUCUGAUGGUACUAUUUUCUGAAUAUUAGAAAGUGGCAUUCACCAGCAUAUAUCAUUUGUUUGGUUAGCACUUUGUAAUGAAUAUCAACUAAAAUCUAUACAAGCUAAAUGAAUGAUAAGGAGACCCAGUCACUGUCAUUGCACAUCAAUGUUGCAUUGAGUUUUACUAAUUAUAAAGACAAACAGACAGAUUAACUAGGCAGAUAAGGCACAGAGUGCCGCCACAAACCAUAUGGGUUUGCUCAAUGAUGGAAUUAUGCCAAUAAUUCUAAAGUAGUGUACUUGCAUUUUUUUGAUC